AUGCCAACAAAAACUUUUAUGGACGCGCCGAUAACUAGACAUAAAUCUGAAACCAUCGGAGGAACUGGUACCGUAACGAAAAGCUCAGAUGUUCAGCUGAUUGAGAAGAGAUCUGAUGCCGCUGAUUACUUUAUGAGAAUGGAUUUCGGAGACAAAGAAAGAGACAAUAGUGAAAAGUUGGAUGCCUUUUGGAGCAAAGAGCGUCUUCAAGCUGUUCAAUCUGCUGUUGAUGCACUUACAAGUCGUGGAGCGGAAAAAAAGGAUACGGAAGACAAAUGUGAGGACGGUGAAGAUGAUAUGGAUCACACUGAUAAACGACCAGCUGAAACUCAUAAAAGAUAUUGUUUUGGAAACGCUGAUGUUGGAAUAGAGCCUCCGAAGUAUCUGCAAUUUUUUCCAUAUCAACAAGCGGAGGAGCCAGUUCGAUACGGAAGUGCUGAACUUGCUCCAGUUUCUGAAUACCAGAGAAGGCCACUUGCUAUUCCACAUGCUCCAUCUCCAAUUGAUGUUACUGUUCUCAGUAAUUAUUCUGAUGAUGUUCAAGAAAUCCCACCACCAAAACCUAUCGAUCACAAAAAGUUGAGAAGAAACCAACCGGUUAUUGUGCCACCUCGCCGUCUUCCAACGAUUUCAAAUCAUCAAGGUCGAACUCUUGUUCCGAUUGCUCCUCGGUUGGGUCCGUUCCAGCCACACCAGUCACAAAUGAUCAUGCACCAAUAUCAACGACCCACUCCACGAAAAGCUCAACAAAGAAGGAGUAAUGCAAUCCCAAGAAGAGAAAAUGUCCUACCUCUUCUACCAGAGCCAAUCAGACCAGCAGAACCAGUGUAUUUGAAAGAGUACAGGAUUAAACCCAAGUUGUGUCUCCCUCCAUACAAGCCACCAAACUACCAUGAGUGGACGAACCAAGAUGUCGCUAAAUGGGCUCAAUUGGUCUUAGAUCUGCCAUCAACCCAUCCAUUGCUCAAAACAAUUGAAAUAAAACAGUUGAGAGAAGUUAAUAACGCAACUGAAAAAGUUGUGCUGGGGACGGAGAAACCAUUGGUAACUGAGCAGAAGAAACAGGAAAGAGGAAGAAAACGACAACAAAAAAAGACUGACAUCAUGAAGGAUUCUGAUAAUGAUUCUGAAAGAGCAAUUAGUGUUGACUCCGAUGUUGAUGAUUUGGAUGGUUCGGAAUUGAGUGAAUUGUCGGAUAUGGGUUACAAUGCAGAUGUUGAGGAUGUUAGUGGAAAAAUGAAGAGAGAAAUUAAUUCACCUGAAAAAGUACAGGACUUCGGAGAUCGAUGCGUGUUAAGAUAUCAGAAUGCACGGAAACUUGCGGAGGAAUAUGAAAAAGAAGAUUCGAAUGAAAGACGAUCCGGAUCAAAAGUGAAGCAACAACGAAUUAGCGAGGAUCCAAAAAUUGCUGAGCGUCAAUGCGAGCAAUGCUUCAAAGUCUUUGUCAGCAAAAACAAAAUGCAAAGACAUAUGAAGACCCACACUGAUCAGAUUGACAAGAAUUGUGAUAUCUGUGGGGCUCCGAUAAAGUAUUCAUAUAACCUGGUUCCCCAUUUGAAGAAAUGCGCUCAAAAGUUAAGAACGCCUUGUACUGAAAAAGAAUUCAAAAAAUAUUACCCUCGUUUUAUGGACGAGUUUGAGAAAUUCAGAACAGGCAAUCUUUCGGAUCUACCUGAGUUGCCCGCUGAUUUCAAAUUUGAUGAUCUCGGUUUCAUUGUUGAAAAAAAUGAUCCCACACGUUUUUCUUAUACUAAUUAUGAGUUCGGCAAGGGGUUGAAAAAUUAUGAGAAGAAAAAAAAUGAGGAAGAAAAAGAGGACUCUGAUAUCGAAAAAGAGAUUGCGUCUGAUGAUGAAGAGACUUAA